AGAAAUAAAAAUCCUUGCUUUUAAAAAAAAAAAAAUAUAAAAUAAAUCAAUAAUGGUAGACACCAAAUUAAUUUUAAAAGAUAAGUAAAAACUAAAUAAUAUUACAGAAUAAAUUUUUAAAUAAGUGGAUAUAAAUAAUUCAGGUUUCAUUGAAAAAAAUGAAUUAGAAUAAAUUAUGGUAGAAGUUACUUCUGAAAUUGGAAUUGAUAAACCAACAAAAGAAGAAAUAGAAGAAAUUUUAAAAGAAUUAGAUGAUGAUGAUGAUGGUAAAUUGUCUAUUAAAGAACUUUAUAAACAUAUAAUUAAUAUUCUUUAAAUGUUCGAAUAUGUAUGUUAGAAAUGAUAAUAUAGUUUUUUAUUUUUAUUUAUAA